CCGACAUAUUCUAAGAAUCUUCUCUCUCUCUUUCUCUCUCUUUGGUGUAAGCCACAAACAAACUUGCAUCAGGUCUCUUAACAUGUGGACUUGUUUGUGACUCUUACUUUGUAAUUUUCAUGCCUGCGAGUGCAAGUGCUAGUUGCUGAGUUGAAGUUACCACUUGCCCAUAACUAUUGUGACCAUGUGUGUGCAAGAAGAUGAGCAAGUUGAUCAAGUUAUUGAGAACAACCUUGAUAACAGAAGGAUGUCAUGGCCUUUGCAUUGUGAUCUCUUGCAUGCCCACAUGGAAAACCGAGAAAAGGACGCUUUUUUUGGAGCUCCCACUAACAGGAUCUUCGCUGCAAAUUCAUUUCCACUGGAAAGCAUAUGUGAGGAUGCAGAGACUGUGGACAAAAGACAGAACCUGAUGAACUUUGUCCCUACUCUUCGGUCUGGAGAGUGGUCUGAUAUUGGAAACCGCCCUUCCAUGGAGGAUACCCACAUAUGCAUUGGAGACUUAGCAAAGAAAUUUGGUAAUACUGUGCUCAGCGAGGAAGCUAUUUCCUUUUAUGGUGUAUUUGAUGGACAUGGAGGGAAGAGUGCUGCACAAUUUGUUCGUGAUCAUCUGCCGCGGGUGAUUGUUGAGGAUGUUGACUUCCCUUUGGAACUUGAAAAGGUUGUCACAAGGUCAUUUUUGGAGACUGAUGCAGAAUUUGCAAGAACAUGUUCUAUCGAGUCUUCCCUGUCUUCUGGUACAACCGCACUGACAGCAAUUAUAUUUGGAAGGACUUUACUUGUAGCCAAUGCAGGAGACUGCCGUGCUGUAUUGUCACGUGGUGGAGGGGCCAUAGAAAUGUCCACAGAUCAUAGGCCAUUGUGCAAUAAAGAAAGAAUGAGAAUUUUGUCCCUGGGUGGAUUCAUUGAUGAUGAUUACCUGAAUGGGCAGUUAGGCGUCACUCGUGCUCUAGGUGACUGGCAUCUUGAAGGAAUGAAGGAGAUGAACGGAAAGGAUGGACCAUUGAGUGCUGAACCUGAACUCAAAUUGAUGACGUUGACCAAAGAAGAUGAGUUUUUGAUAAUUGGCAGUGAUGGUAUAUGGGAUGUUUUUCGCAGCCAAAAUGCUGUAGACUUUGCUAGAAGGAGGCUUCAAGAGCACAAUGAUGUGAACCAGUGUUGCAAGGAGAUAACAGGAGAAGCAAUAAAGAGAGGAGCAACAGACAACUUGACAGUAGUUAUGAUAUGUUUUCACUCAGAUCCACCACCUUCAGUAGUUGUAGAAAGGCCUAAAUUUAGAAGAAGUAUAUCUGCUGAGGGACUUCAAAAUAUUAAAUGCUUUCUAGAAGGAUAGAGCAUUCUUGUCUACAAGACAUUAUUUUUUUGGGCUAAGAUUGUGUACAUAAAUUCAUCUCUGACACUGAAAAUAAGUGUUUUCCUGCUUCCUCUUGUCACUUAUCCCUGAGGGGAUAGAAGUAAGGAACAUUAAUACCAUCAUAAAAUCGUAUAAUUAUUUUUCCCAUUGUUGUUGGGAAAGUGAGAGGCAUGACUUGUCCAUAUUAUGUACAAUGUCAUUUGUGUGCACAUCAUUGUAUUGUGCUCCUACUGUUUUCUUUGUUUUACGGUGAAGCUUCUUACUGAAACUUCUAUGUAUAUCUUUUUGUCCUUGAUGGUUUUAUUUUAUCAAAAUAGGUAAACAGGAAUGAUAGUACGGAGCUGAAAAUUUCCAGGC